AUGAACUUUGGUGGUCUCAUGGGUGGCAGCACGGCUUCCAGCGUGCCACAGCAGCCUUCACAGCAGUCGCAGCUUAUGAUGGCAAAAGUGGAAAUGGCGUCUUAUGCGGAUUUAUUUGAGCGUUUAUCGCGCGUGUGUUUCCAGAAGUGUAAAUUUAAGUACAACGACGGUCAGCUAAAUGUGGGCGAGAUGAGCUGCAUUGAUCGCUGCGCGGGCAAGUAUAUGCAAGCGUAUAGCUCACUUGGUGUCAAGAUGGCGCAGGUUGAGAAAGAGAUUAUGGAGCAGGCUGCUGCUGGUGCAGGUGUGCAGCAAUAG